AUGUCGAGCUCUAGUAAAAAAACAAGAGGAAGUAUAGCCUGAGCCUCCUUUUGGUUCGAACUGUUCCGGCGUCAAUCGAAAAGUGGUUCUACCAACAUUUGCUGGUAAGACCUAUCCCAAGAUAGCAAGUCUCUAAUAAGAAACGGAUUUACCAUUAGAACAGUUGGUUCAAUCAAAAACUUUGGUAAGCCAACUCCCCGAUUAACUUCGGGAGACUUCGAGAUAGUCGAUCCAAAAGGAGGCUCAGGCAAUAUCUACCAUCGACUCUAUAAAAAUACGAAGCAAGCCCUUUCAAGAUCCUUGUCUUCUUCAGAGUCUGGAAGUUUCAAAAAAACUACUAGCACCAAUUCUACCCCAAAAUUAAAAACUGACUUUUAUGCGAAAGGUCUGAAAUUCAAGCAGGAAACUAUGAAAAUCAUCGAAAUCGAGCGUAAGAAAAUCGAGGACGAGAGGAAAAAAAACGAAACUUUCCGCCCAACCAUCGACAAAGCUUCCAAGCAGAUGCUGCGGAGACCAAACUUAAAAGCUGAAGACCUGCUUAUAGAAGCUGGAAAAACAUAUAAAAGCCAUAUAAGCGAAUUAAAAGAAGCAAAACAAAAUGCUGAGCUCAGCGAAUGCUCAUUCAAGCCUACAAUAAGCGGAUCAAGGACUUCUAGAAGCCGAUCUUCAAGCAGAGACGUGUACUCUGACCUAUAUAACGAUGCUGGAGAAAGAAGGUCUAGAAACAGCUCAUUGUCUGAACAAAGCACUAGCCAAUGCUCCUUUAGGCCUAGAAUUCAAAGUCAUAUCAGGAACUCGUCUGAAUCAAAGGAAGCUAUCUUUGAAAGACUUUAUAACUCCAAAAAAAAGUUUUAUGAAGACAUGAAAGCGCGGAAAAAACAAUUAGAAUCUCUAGAAGCGUCAGUUGACCAAACAAAUGGGCAGGAACUGUUUCAUCCUACUAUUAAUAAUGGAUCUAGGACGAGCAGGUCUAGAAAUGGGUCUAUUUGGGACUAUCUUUAUUCACUGAAAGAUAACCAAACUGCAAAACAGCAGGAAAAUUUAGAAAAAACCCAGAAAUUCUGGGAAGCAAGCAGCACUGCCAAAAAAGUAUGUGAGGAGUCUCAAAAAAUCUUUACUCCCCCCCCCCCCCCCUCCGUGAGCGAACAAAACCAUUAGAAAAAUCGCCAUUUUUUGACCAAAAAACCCACCCUCCGUGAGUGAACAAAAAAUUUUUUUAAUAGAAAAAAUUUUAAUGGAAAAAAAUUUUGAUAUAUAAGUGAUAAUUAGUAUAAUGAAAUCUAGAGCUAAUUCUGUUUAAUUUUAAACAAAUUGCGUUUUAAAACAUAAAUUUUUGCAAAUUAAAUUAAUAUUUGCUUCCCAAUUUUUGCAAAUUAGGAUUUUUUUAAAUUUCGAAAAAAAUAUUUUUUAUAACAUUUAUAUAUAAAUUUUUUUAAAAAAAAAAAAAUUAACCCCCCCUCCGUGAGCGAACAAAAUUUUUUUGUUCGCUCACGGAGGGGGGGGGGGAGUUAGUUAGGAAUUUCCAGAGGAAGCAGCUUGAGCAGCUAUUUAAGUCUUUAGACUAUGAUAGUGAUGGGUUGAUAUCGUCUAACUCAAUAAAAAUCGAGCACUUAGACGUAAAAAGUAUUGUGAUUUUGACUCCAUAUUUGAACUUUCUCGAAGAGAGCAAAGAAGAAAAUGACUUUGAUAGGUUUAUGGAGCAUAUGGGAGAAUUGAUGCAGUCACUGAAUGUAGAAGACAAAGCCCAUCUACUAACUUCCCACUUUGAAUAAAAAAUUUUUAAUAUAAAAAUUGUAUAUUAAAAAAUAUUUUGAUAUAUAAGUGAUGGUUAUUAUAAUGAAAUUUCUAGCUAAUUCUGUUCGUUUUAAACAGCUUGCAUUCUAAAAUAUAUAAAUUUUAAAAAACAAAUUAACCCCACAUCAUGAGAGAACAAAUUUUUUGUUUGCUUACAGAGUAAAGAAAGAGGCCAAGCCUGUUGUGGAAGAAAAAAUUGUGCUAAUUAAUCCAAGAUCAGCAAAAUUAGCAGAAAAAAGGAGAUCCUCAAUGCCACAAGAUGUAUAUGAAAGACUCAUGUGGACUGCUCAAUUAAAAGAACUAAAAGCAAGCAAGCUAAAAUUGAUGAGGGAACAAGCAGAAUUAGAAGGCUGCACUUUUCAGCCAUCCUCAGGGAGAAAAAGAAAAAAAUAA